AUGGAUAUCACACCAGCCAACGUUUCCGUCCAGCCACGGUCUAGAUCCCGUUCGAGAACAAGAAACUCGACUGCCAACUCGAGAUCCACUUCUUCUACAAGAAGACCGUCUGUUGGAAAGAGAUCCUUAUCGUCGUCUUCUUUAACGAAGUUAGUUGUCACGCCUACCAACAUCGACCACGAAAAAUCUGUCCCAACUGUCUCAGCGACUUUGGAUAAUUCUUUGCCGCUCGAUUUCUUCAAACAAGAUUUGAUUGCUUUGGUCAAGACGUUGAAGAUUUCGAAAUGGCACAAGAGACAGUUGACCAUAUCCAACUUGGUGGUGAAUAGAAUCUCGGGUGCGCUCACGAACUCCAUCUACCGUAUCGAGUACUACGACAGCCAACAGAACUUGAGCUUGCCAACCUUGUUAUUGAGAGUGUACGGUAAAAACGUCGAAGAACUCAUCGAUAGAGACCUGGAAUUAGCUACUUUAAUCAAGUUGUCACAAAAGAGAAUCGGUCCUAGACUUCUUGGAAUCUUCGCUAAUGGUAGAUUCGAGCAGUUUUUAGACGGAUUCAUCACGUUGAACAAAGUUCAGAUCAGAGACGAAAUUAUCUCCCAGAUGUUGGGUAGAAGAAUGAAGGACUUGCACUACAAAAUCGAAUUAGACCUUCAUGAUGUUUUGUCCGAUUUGCCUACAGCUUGGAGAUUGAUCUUCAAAUGGUUAAAGCUUUUUGAAGAAGAAUACUUGCCAGGAUACACCAAGAACAACUUUGACCCCAAAGACGUGUUUUUUGUAGAGUUCGGGAGAUUCAAGGAAAUCGUCAAUCUCUACAAGAACUGGCUCUUUGAUAAAUAUGACAAGGAAUCGUUUUCGUCCAACUACAAGUUUUGUCACAACGAUACCCAGUACGGUAACCUCUUGUUGCACGAAUCGUUCAACCCAGAGGAUAUACUUGUAGAAACUCCGGUUCCAUCUACUCCUACGGACGAGUCGACUCCUGUAAUCAAGUCUACCUCUAACAAAAACGAUAGUAAAUUAGUUGUAAUUGACUUCGAAUAUUCUGGAGCUAACUUCCCGGCUUUUGACUUGGUAAACCAUUUCUCAGAGUGGAUGGCUGAUUAUCAUGACGAAGAGAAGUCGUACUAUAUCCAUGAAGACAAGUACCCUACUCAGUUGCAGCAGUUGAAUUUGAUCAAGUCUUACAUCGAAUACGACUUCCAAUUCCCCUCUUCCAACCUCAAGACGCCAAAUACUCCAGAGCAGCUCUUGAAUGGGACAGCCGAUGCCAGUGAGUUGAUCCAGUACGAAAUCAAAAAGAUGUACAACGAAUGCAUCUACUGGAGAGCCACUGUCCAGAUUUUCUGGUGUCUCUGGGGAGUAAUCCAGAAUGGUCCACUCAAGCCUUCUUCCCCUGCAUCGCCUAAUCCUAACGGAUUUGCUGAAGACGGUAUAGACAGUACUUACAACAUCAUCACUGGUGUAGAGUCUGUGUCUUUGGACGGAAACGUAGUUGUAGAAGAGGCUAUUUCCUCUAGUGAUGAUGACUUCGACUACUUGAAGUACUCACAGCAGAAGGUUGCUAUUAUUGUCGGCGAGCUAAUCAGUUUUGGCUUAAUUAAGAAGGAAGAGAUCGACGAGAAGUAUUGGGACAUCAUCAAGUAUUUGGAUGUCAAGACAUUAGAUAUUUAG